ACGUUGAUCUUCCCUGCAGGGAGGGUAGUAGACUAGUCUUACUACGACCCUUUGUUGGAUUUACUGCAUACAGUCAGAGUGCAAAGCUCAUGUUUGUGUCUACUCUGUUGAUCUCGGAUGCUGUAUUGAGUGUUUGUGCAGCCGUCCACGUAUAAAACACCGUACAAAUCCACGUUUUUUGUGCAAAUACUUUCACUUUCAGUAAUACGGAUAGACAGAAACACUAUAAUGUUGAGAGCAGGUCUGAGUGUGAAAACACUAUGGCAGCUCAUGGAAAUGAAGACGAAAACAUGCCUCAAAGUGCACGGGAGGAUGGCAGAUUUGCAGCACGCCAUGGGUGCAUUUCGGUGGAUGAGCAGCGUCAGACCAGCCCCUGUAUUGACUGCCGCUCCUGUUCGGGCUCUUAUAGACGAACAGAUCAGCAUUAAAGGGCGUUUCCUGCCCCCAAACAGUCCCAUCACACUGUGCUCACGAAUGCACAGUGAAGACGGCGACCUGUGGGAGGCAUUUGCCCAUUACAACACAGACGCAAGCGGCAGUUUCAGUUUGACCAGUGAUCGUUCAGUCGGGGGUUCUUAUACUGGCUGUGAGCCAAUGGGACUCUUCUGGGGUUUGCAUCCACCUCCUGGAAGUAGAGAAGGUUUAAGGCUGAGGAAGAGAAAUGUGGAGACUCCGUACACGGUGCACGUCUCCCUGCUGAAGGGCCACGUCUCGCCCAGCGGGGGGCCGAUCACUGAGCUGGCAGCUGUUACUACUGAACGCUCAUACAUGGCUCCAGGAGUGAGGAGAAUAGACAUUCGUCAAAAUGGAAUUGUAGGGACUUUAUUCUUACCUCCAGGUCCAGGGCCGUUUCCAGCUAUGCUGGAUAUGUGGGGAAUGGGAGGAGGCCUGAAUGAGUACCGCUCUGCCUUGUGUGCAUCCAGGGGCUACGCGAGUCUUUCUCUUGCCUACUUCGAGCACAAAGAUUUACCUGGACCUCUCAGGGAAUUAAAUGUUGGCAAUGAAUAUUUUAAGUCAGCAUUCCGUCUACUUCAAGAUCAUCCUCAGAUUGUUGCAGAGAGAGUUGGGAUUGUUGGUCUUUCCUUUGGAGUCUACCUGACUCUUAACCUUGCCACUCAGCCUGGCAUUAAUCCGUCCUGUUUGAUUUGUAUCAACGGCCCCAUGGGACGUUCACACUUUCUGCCAGGUGACAAAGGUGAAGUGAAGUAUUGGAACUAUGAUGAGCGAGGCUAUAUCGCUUUCAGACAAAUCUCCCUUCCUUCUAAUAUGGCCCCUGAGUACAAAGUGAAGAUGGAGAAAAUCAACUGUCCAUUGAUGUACAUAAUUGGUGAAGACGACUUGAGUUCUGCAAGCACAGAGAACGCAGACCAGAUAGAGGAGGAGCUGAGGGCUGCAGGUAAAUCUCACCUGUUUACCCGUCUGUCAUACCCCGGUGCUGGCCACCUGAUAGAGCCGCCUUAUGCCCCGAAUGCCCGUGUAACCAUGUGGAGGAUCAAGCCAGAGAAAAUGGUAGCUUUGUUUGGAGGUUACGAUGCACCGCACGCUGCUGCCCAGGAAGAUGCCUGGAGGAAGAUUCUCUGUUUUCUAGAGAGCAAUCUGAGAGGGUGAAUCUCUGGCGAGAUGCAAGCUCAGGAUAGAAAAUAUUCCACGUUGUUGUAAAAUGUUGCUGAUGGUGUUUUUCCUUCCAAAAGAUGACACUGGUCAGACUGGGCCUGCUGGUUCAGCUGAGUGCUGUUAGCUGGGUUUGGUUUCAGGUGCAUCACGUCAGCAACACUAUUCUUCCUUCCUAAAUGAAUUCUGUGGCUCUUUAAGCAUUGUAAUCAUUAAUCUUAUUACUAGGACAAAUAUUUCCAGUCCGUCAAAAUCUCAUCACCUUAUUCAUAGACACAAAUCACUCAGACCCACUUCAAAAAUGCAGACACUCUGUUUCUGUGAUCCUCAUGUUUUUAAUGUGUAAUCAGUCUAUUUAUCAUGCUGGACUGGGAUGAAGAGGUCGUGGCACGCUGAGGUGACCAUGGCGAUGAGGGCGAUAAACUCUUUGAAGUCGAUCUCCAGAUCUCCAUUCUGGUCCAGAUCAGCAAAGAGCUCGUCCAGAGUUUCAUUCUCUUGGAUAUUCUGUUCAGUAGGAAAAUUGAGUGAAAGUCAGUCGUGUGCAGGAAAAAAACGGACAAUCCUUGUACCAAGACUAGAAGUCCGUAGCAACACUAGUGACUCCAUGAGGCUGAAAUGCUCAUUACAGGAAUGUGGAGAUGAAGAAAUGUUAUGUUGUUCUUUUGUACUUUUGAUGUAUUUGAGUCGGUGUGGCGAUAGUCAAAAUCAGUGUAAGCAAGAAGCAAAUAAAGCCAUCUAUAGCUUAAA